AUGACUUUGAUUCAACAUUGGAAUUCCAUGCUAGCUAGAAUAUCCCCUACUAUUCCAUUAACGAGGCACCGUAAAUAUAAUUUACAAUUGUUUAAAUACUACGGUAAGCUGUAUAAGAAAUAUGAUAAAACUGAGCCCCCUAAAACUAUUCAAUUGUUAUUACUUCACGAUUUAUUAAAGAGGAACUAUUCUGGUAAAAUUCCAAAGCCCGAUAACGCUGACAACCUUAAGGGCACCUUAGAAAAUAAUCAUAUUAACCCAGAAAAUAAAAUAAUUGCUGAAAAUAAUAAAUCAACGGCAAUAACUAAGAUAUCAGGCAGCAUGGAAAGCAAAAUACACGAUAUUUUAAAAAAAACCAAACUAAAAUAUUUUAAAACUAAAGAUUUAAUUUUAAAAUAUGCUUCUGCUAUCAAAAAACAAUAUAACAAAUCAGUAAAAGCUAUUAAAGAGGCUAAUGAGAAGUUCGAUCAACAGGAAAAGGAAGCAACCAGGCUAAAUUAUAACACAGACUUGAAAACACAUUCCAAGAUCCAAAAUUUGCCAUCCGAAUUAGAAAAAAAAAGAAUGCAAUGGGCCAGAAAAUUAAGUUUUUAUAUGGAUUCAUUGCAAGAAACCAUUUUUACAGCUACAAGAGCGUUAAACGAUGUCACUGGUUACAGUUCUAUUCAAAAAUUAAGAAAUUCUAUUGAAGUCAUGGAAAAAGAACUAGAAGAUCAGAAACAAUUGGGUAAGGAGGCUAAAAAGAAGUAUGAACAUGCCCUUUUGAUUAGAACACAAUCACAAAGUGAAUUGAAUGAGUUAUUACAAAGGAAAAAUUCGUGGAAUGCAGAAGAUUUGAAUAGAUUUACCACUUUGUUUAAAGAGGAUUCAAAGAAUCAGCAAAAGGAGGAGGAUUGUGCAAAAACCCUUAAAGAGGCUGAAUUAAAGGAGGAAUCUUUAGGGAAUGAAUUGUACAAAGCUAUUCUAACAAGAUAUCACGAAGAACAAAUUUGGUCUGAUAAAAUUAGAAGAACAUCCACAUGGGGAACUUUUAUGUUAAUGAGUGUUAAUAUUUUGUUAUUCGUCGUCGUCCAAUUACUGUUGGAACCUUGGAAAAGGAGAAGGCUGGUGAGAUCAUUCGAAGAUAAAGUUAAAGUAGCCCUUGAAGAAAACAAAACUGAACAAGAUGUCAGAUUUGACAAACUUCUGGGUUUAUUAGACGAUCGGCCAGAAGACAAGGCCUUAAUAGAAAAAGCCUUGUUAUCUAAAUCUGAAACUGAAUUUGAUAAUUUGAAGGGGAAACUAAACCAAGAUUUAAACGCUAGCAGCGAUAGUGCUGGAGGGGAAGAUCUUUUGAAUAAAAAGCCUGUAGAAGAAGAUAAAGAUGAUACCAAAGAGGAUAAUGGUAAUGAAGUAACUAAUGAUGAUGUAAUUAUUUCGAUGAAUAACAGUAAUUCUAUUGGUUUAGAAUCGCCAAUUUUAAAAUUCAUGAUCAAAUUAAUAAUUAAAUUAGAUAACUUAAUUAUUAACAAUUUUUAUAUUUCACAAGUUUCAAAAGAAGUAAAAUCACACGUGCUUUAUAUGUGGAGGAUAAUUGAAUCCAAAUUUUACGAUAUAUUCUCAUUAAUGGCAACAAAGAAAGAUUCCUAG